CGCGGUCCCCGAAGGGCGGGCGCGGAAGUCCCGGAGCCUCGCCGCCGCCAUGUCGUCCAGGGACGCAGGCACAGGCGGCCGGGAGGGGGCUCCGCGCGCGGCCGCCGCGCUCUGCGGCCUGUACCACGAGGCGACCCAGCAGCUCCGGCGUCUGCAGGAUCAGCUGACCGCCCGCGACGCCCUCAUCGCGCGCCUGCGCGCCCGCCUGGCCGCGCUCGAGGGCCACGCGGCGCCUUCGCUCGUGGACGCGCUGCUGGAGCAGGUGGCGCGCCUCGGGGAGCAGCUGCGGUGGCGCGAGGACGGCGGCCAGGAGGCGCAGCUGCGCCAGCAGGAAGUGAAGAGACUCACCCAGCGCCUGGAGGAGAGAGAGCAGGAGCUGCAGCUGGCUGAGAGCCAGCCGUGGCCUGAACGGGACAAGGAGGUAGCCCUGCUGCAGAGGAGCGUGGCUGAGAAGGAGCGGGCUCGGGCUGCCAGCGAUGUGCUGUGCCGCUCCCUGGCCAGUGAGACCCAGCAGCUGCGCAGGACGCUGGCCGCCACCGCGCACAUGUGCCAGCACCUGGCCAAGCGUCUGGAGGAGCAGCCCUGUGCUCAGGGAGCAGUGAGGAACAAAGGCCUGGAUGAGACAGAGCGGAUAGGUGAGGACACUGCUGUCCAGGUUGUCAUCAAGAAGCUACAGGAAGAAAACCAAUUGCUGAAGCAGAAAGUGACCCAUGUGAGUGUCCUUGGUGCUUCUCUGAGAAGAGCACCCAGCCUGGUGGAGGACCUCAAUGCCAAGUGGCAGCGAUAUGAUGCCAGCCGGGAUGAGUACGUGCGGGGGCUCCAGGUGCGGCUGCGUGGACUGCAGGAGCCCCAGGAGCCCGAGCUAAUGAGAAAGGAGAUAGCCCGGCUCAACCACCAGCUGGAGGCCAAGAUGAGGGAGUGCAUGGAGGCUGAGCGGGAGCUGGCAGCCGCAAAGAUGGCUCGGGACGCCGCCCUGGAACGAGUGCAGAUGUUGGAGCAGCAGAUCCUCGCUUACAAGGAUGACUUCACAUCAGAAAGGGCAGAUCGGGAGCGGGCUCAGAGCAGGAUUCAGGAGCUGGAGGAGAGGGUGGCCUUGCUCCUGCAGGCGGCCCGGGCACAGGAUCCCCAAGCAUUGGGUACCCGCCAGAUUCAUGCUGGGAGCAAGACGACCCCAUACUUAGAGACAGAUGCUCUAGAGAUCCCAGCCCCAGGGCCUGGUCCUCCACAGCUGGAAGCCCCGGAGGAGGGAAGGCACCCCAGCACAGCCCCAAGAGGACAGGGCGACCUGCAGUGCCCUUACUGCCUGCGCUGCUUCAACGAUGAGCAAGGCGAGGAGCUGCUUGGGCAUGUGGCCGAGUGCUGCCAGUAAGCGGGCUGCCGGACCCACCCGCCAGGGCCUGGAGACAGUGGGGCGCUGUUGGGUGCCUCAGAUGGAGAGGAGCCCGUAGCUGCCUCUGUCCCGUGGGCCAGGGAUAGACAUGUCUGGAGAAGUGGAGCUCCAGGGGUGGCGGGCAGUGUGGCGGGCCCUAUCCAGGGGCAUGAAAGUCUCCACACUGCCAGGCAGGAGCUGCACACUGUCCCGCAUGGGGGGAUUCGGAGGCCACCGUGGCAGGAGGAAGCAGCGCCUGGAGCCGCUCUACAGAGCAACCUGUGGCCCGCCUCCCCCUCCCCUUUUUUUUUUUUUUUUGAAUUUUUUGUCUAAAUUUCCAGCCGCUCCCUUACUGUUUUGACACAUGUCCUCACUGCUGUGAUUGCUCUGGGCCUGACUUAGGUGGCGCCGAGGGGUGGUGGGCAGCAGGGCUGAUGCUACCCGCCCACCCGGCUUCUCCUGCAGCCCCCCAGGCGGGCUGCGCCCCUCCCGCUGGGCCUCGGAGCUCUGGGCAUGCAGCUACCCCAGGUGAGACCUCACGUGCAGACAGCAGCAUGGCCUUGGGCCCAGAGCCAUGAUACCCACGCUGGGCUCUCAGGAUUUGGGUUGAGCUGCUAGACCCCGAGGUGACCCCGAGCUCUGCCUUCGGCCCCUCAGUCCUGCAGCAGCGAGGCCCUUGGGGCAGGGCACCUCUGGUCCUCUAGUCCCUGCAGCCUCAAGACUUCGCAGAGUGGACUCUGAGACAAUGUAUUUCUGGAAAUAAAGGGACCUGAAAAUGAAGAUAGAAUAAAGGUAUUUUUUAGACAAAGAAGCUAAGAAAAUUUAUAUCCUGCAGGCUUCCUACAAGAAAUAUCUAUACUACAGAAAUUGUUGGUGCUGAGCCAGGGACAGUGGCAGCCUGUAAUCUACGUGGGAGACAGGAUUGCAAGUUCAAGGCCAGCCUGGGCUAUUUAGGGAGACAGUGUUUCAAAAUAAAGAGGGCUGGGGAUGUAGCCUGGUGGUGGGGCAUUUGCCAUCCUGUGAGAGGCCCCUGGUCAAGCCUUCAGUAUUGCAAAAAAGGAAAAAAAAAACUAUUCAGGCUAAAGGAAAAUGACCCAGGUAUAAGGGCAGAAACCUAGAAAAGAAGAGCAAGAGUAUGAGCAGAGAUUAAUGAAUAUUGCUUUAAAACGCAUGUAAACAUGACUACAGGAGCUUAUGGGUGUGUGUAGAUGGGAUGUAUCUAGCGGAAUUGCAGUACUGUUAGAUUUCUGGGUUGAUUUAAGGUGGACUGUAAUUGAGGAAGCAUAUUGUAAUCUCUAGGGUAACCAUUAAAACAAUAGUAAAAUAUUUAAUAAAUAGCGAAUAGGAGCUGAGUACACACCUGUAAUUCCAGCACUUGGGAGAUGGAGGCAGGAAGACUGGUGUGAGUGUUCAACCAGCUUGGGCUACAGAGUUCAGGAUCAGCCUAAUCUACAGUGAGACCUUGUCUCAAAAAAAAAAAAAAAAAAAAAAAAAAAAGAAACAAAACAAACACUAACAGAACAGAAAAAUAAAGUAGCUUUUGACUAGGACAUGUGAGGAAAAAUUUUUUAAAAGAGACAAAUAGAAGACAGAUGGUAAGCCAGCUGCAGUGGUAUAUGCCUGUAGUUCCACCUCAGGAGGCUGAGGCAGGAAAAUCACCUGAGCCCAGGAGUUUGAAGUCAGCCUGGGCAUCAGAGUACAACCCUACCUCAGAAAACAGAUGAAAAGCCAACUAUGUUUGUAAUUACGUUAAAUUUAAAAGGGCUGCUUUGAUUGAAAGAAAGAUUGUCACCAGAUAUAGUGGCCCAUGCCUGUAAUCCCAGCACUUGAGAGACUGAGGCAGGAACAUCACUGCAAGUUUGAGGCUAGUCUGGGCUACAAAGUGAGUUCAAGGCCAGCCUGGACUACAUAGCAAGACCCUGUCUCAAACAACAGAACAAAAGAAUAAAAAGACUGUUAUCAUACAGAAUGGAAACUUUUAAAAGCCCUAUUUCCUCGUUAGAAAAGGCAUGCUUCAUUUUUAUUUCUGCACAUUCUAGGCAAGUAAGUGCUGUGCUAAGAGCUAUAACAUGACCCUAGAAAACCUGAACUUUAAGAAAAGAACAUGAGGCAGAGUUUAGCUCAGCGUGCAGCGCCUGCCUGGAAAGCACAAGGUCGUGAGUUCGAUUCCCAGUACAAAAAAAAACAAGAAAGAACAUGAGUGGGGGUGUGACUCAGCAGCAGAGCUUCUUCCUGGCUGGCACAAGGCCUGGGAUUCCAUCCCUGUGUGUGUGUGUGUGUGUGUGUGUGUGUGUGUGUGUGUGUGUGCAUAUAUUACAGAUCUACACGCGUGCCUACGUAAGAGCACAAUAUGGGAGGACAGAAAAGACACCAGGCCAAUAUUACCAAGAAAGUGAGUGGCAAUAUGAUUAUCAGAGUGGAGUUUAUGUAAUUAAGUUUGUACAGAGCUUAAAAAUAAUGCUUAAAAAUCCAUAAAGCAAAAGCAAACCUACACCAGCCACAGUCAUUCACUGGCGAUUUCAAUGCAUAGUUUGGUGUAGGAGCAGCAGAGAGUAAAUGACAGAAGAUUUAAACAAAAUAGACCACCUGGCCUAAUUUAUACACACAGAACAUUACGGCCAACAAAAGCUGGCUGUGUAUUCUUUUUCGGUGUAUGUGGAACACUUACUAAAAGAGACUGCUGUGGUUUGCAUCUAGAUGUCCCCUUAAGGCCUUGGGCCCUUGUAGGCAGGCUUUUAGGAAGUGACUGGCUCCAAUCCUCUGGUUCCGCAGAAUCUAGGUGUGGCUGGCAGGUUUACUGAGGAGGGAAGAUCCCCCCUGGUGUGGACAGCACCAACCAAUAGGCUUACAGCCUGGGGGGAAUGACAAGGCAAAGGAAGAGGAAGUCUUGCAGACUCCGCCCUGCCUUCCAGAAGCUCUUGCUCCUCUGCCAGAUUGCCCUAUUCUGAAGCAGCAACUACAGGAGACUUAACCCUUAUAGACUGGGCCAAAAGAAACUUCUUAAGUUGUGGAUGUCAGGCACUGUGUCCCAGCAAGGAGAACUGCACUGGAUGUAGCUCAAUGGGAAGGCCCUGCGUUUCUCCUCAGUGACACAAAUAAAAGACAUCAGCAAAUCAGAAGGACAUUGCCCUGAUGUGUUUUUUUUUUUUUUUUUUUUUUUUUUUUUGUCUUUUUUAUCGAUACCGGGGAUCAAACUCACAACUGCCUGCUUGCAAGGCAGGUGCUUAUGCUGCUGAGCUAAAUCCCUAAGACACUAACACCUGAGAAAGACACAAAACAUAAAAUGAGCCCCAGGGGAAAAUGUACUGCUGAGAUAGGCAGAGGCAGGAGGGCACCAUCCAUCAGGCAAGGAGCAGGAGCAGGGAGGGCUAAAUGGGGGCUCGGUGGCCGCCUGGCUCAUGUCCUCCACAGCUGGGCAGAUGAACAGUGUGCCAAGGAAGCCCCAGUACACAAGUGCAUGACCUUGUCUUCAAGGCUUGUCAAACCUAAAUGCUUAGAAAAAGUUUAUUGAAGUAUGUAAACGUCUACAAAUAGCUGAGGAGCAGGGCGCAGGGAAUAAGGCAGAUGUGCGGUGGACGCUCUGGCUUGCUGCUGGUGAGGACCAUGUCACCGUGCAGUGUCCCCCAGUGUCUAAGGAAGUGUACCUGCCCGCCCACCCACAACACUUCAGAGUGGCUGCCUGCGGACACAGGUCACAGGAUGUGCCAGUCGUCACCCGCUGGCAUGUAGCUCAGUGGCUUCAGGGGCCCUGUAGUCAUCACUGUGUCCAUGCUAAGUCACUUUCUUGUCUCUGGAAGCUCAGUAACUACACUGCUUCCUACAGCCUCUUCCCUGCUUCCAGGACCCUUGAUUUUCUGUCUCUAGAAAUUCCCGUUCUGGAUAGUUUCUAUGCUGCUGCUCCUCCUCCUCUUCUUGAACCCAGGUCCUUUGCACUGCAGUACAUUCCCAGCUCUACUUGUUUAUCCUUUUGGUUUUUGUGACAGAUUCUAAAUUGCCCAGGUUUGGUAUCCUCCUGCUAAGCCUCCUGAGUAGCUGGGACUACAGACGUAUGCCACCACAUCCAGUUUACUUUUUUUAGUACCAUGAAUGGAACUGAGGAUCUUGUGCUUGUCAGGCAGGUGCUGUCACUGAACUAUAUCCCCAGCCCUUAUAUUAAUUUUUCCCCUACUUUUUGUUUUGGUGCCAGGGAUCAAACUCACGACCUCAAGUUUGCCAAGCAAGGCACUUACGCCACUGAGCUAAACCCCCUGGCCCAAUUAAUUUUAAAAAUUCUUUUCUCUGUUCUUUAGUGUACAAUCAUGUAUCAAACUAGUGUCAAAUUCUUUUAUUUCUGUUGGUACCGGGGAUCGAACUCUUGACCUUGUACUCGCCAAGGCAGGUACUUAUGCCACUGAGGUAAAUCCCCAGCCUCAUUUUUUAAAAAAUAAAACUCAGGUCCCUUUUCAACUGAGCUAUAUACCCAGCCUUGCUGAUGCAGGAUUGCCAUCAACCCUUGUUAGCAUCUUUAAAUCUCUAAUCACUAUUUCUCCUUCUUCUGUGAUUUCUCCUCACUGAGAAUGAAAUCUGGGGCCUUGUGCUUGCUAGGCAAGUGCUCUACCACUGGGCUACAUCUCUAACCAGGUUUUAAAAAAGUUUUAAGACAGGGUCUUGCUAGUUGCCCAGUGGUUCAUGUUCUUCAUGCCCAGUGGGUCAUGCCCAGGCUGGCCUUGAAUUCAUGAUCCUCCUGCCUCAGCCUCCUGAGUAGCUGGUAUUACAAUCACAUGUCACUGCAACUGGCUAUUCAAAAUUAUUUUUCCAGUAAAUCUGACAUCUACUUUCUUUCACAGGCAGUGUCUAAUUUUUAAUUUUUCCCUCUCAAGUAUAUACCAUCCUGUUUGCACUUUGGUUGGAAACUUGAAAGUUUUACAUACUAUGGCAGGCUCCCAUUCUCAUUUUGCUAUCUGCAGUGUCAGUUACUUGUGGCCAACUGUGGUCUAAAAGUAUCAGAUGGAAACUUCCAGAAGUAAUCCUAAGUUUCAGCUCACACAGCAUGCGGAGUAGGGCAGAGGAGUCCUGGCCUACCCCGCUCCACAUGUCUGCUUUCCUGCAGCUGCCAGCCCAUCACCAGGUCACUGUCAGGACACCAGCACUGUGUUCUCAGCACUGUGUAACCUGAUCACAGCCUAAGCACAGGCACAAGGAGGCAGCUGAGUUGGGCACAACUAGGAACAGCUGUAAAAUGCUUUCUUCACAUGGAAGGGGGAGUUCCCAGCAAGGAAGGGGAGUGCUAAGGGUCCAUGUCUGUCACAAGGACCGAUCCCUCAGUGACACCAUGAAGCAGAGAGAAGUCUCAACUGCGUGGGGAACAUUCAGAACAGAAAUGAGCAGUAUCACUGCUGCCUGCAGGGUCCAGGGUCUGCCGGGGGCCCUGGACUGCACUUCCUGCAGAAAAAGGGAGAAAACUGGGAUAAUGCUUGGUACUUAAGUCCAGCCCCAUAUUAGCUUUGUACCCCUGAGCUGCAGUACCUGAUACCCAGGGCUCAGAGGAUGGGAGGUGGAUUUUGGCUCACAGUUUCAUGGGGUUCAAAUGGUGGCCAGUUCCAAGCAGGAACGUUGUAGAGGAAGGGAACAGGAGCAAAGGUGCUUAGUUCACAGCAGCUGGCAUAGAUGACAGGGGAAGAGCCAAAAGAAGGGGGCAAGAGACCAGGUCCAGUCCUCAUGACCCCCAGAUACACAUAGAAGUGUGCACUGCCAUCACAGAGAAGGCUCCUGGGCUAAUCAAGUUGACAAUCCAGAUGGACUGGCAGUCAUCUUGUUUUCUGCUUGUGUUUAGAGACUGCCUUACUUCACGGAGGUCUCCCCCAGCGUCCAGCCCCUUACUCUCCACAGGGAGUGGCAGCCCUGGAUGUGACCCCAGCCAGCCAACUGUAGUGACCUUGGCAGAGCGCUCCUCCUCUCAGUCACAUCCAGGUGUCCCAGUACUGACUCCUGGCUCUUUGCCCUGCUGUUUUUUUUUUUUUUUUUUUUUUUGCCUUUUUCCUUUUUUAUCGGUACCAGGGAUUGAACUCACAACUGCCUGCUUACAAGGCAGGCGCUUAUGCCGCUGAGCUAAAUCCCCAGCCCCUGCCCUUCUGUUCUAUGCUGAUCAACUGUAGAAGUUUCUGAGGUCACAGUGCCUUGAGGCCCCAGCCAGUGCAUCUGGGCUCCUCCAGCUGUUUGGAGAGCCAUGGGCUGGAGCUUAGCUCCAAGGUGUGGGAAGAUGAGCUCUCUCUGCUCCAUGGCCAGGACUCUGCAGCAGAGGUGACACAUAAGCAGGCUUCUAGCUGUGUGACAUAGCUAGUAGCUGAGGGCCCAGGGCACACAACUGGUCUUGUUAGCUGCCCCUGCUACCUGGGCCCAGGCUAUUCCAGAGCAGCCAGGACACCUCGGAGACAGCUCUGUAUGUGCCUGGCGGGGCAGGAAGGUGUCUCCAGCCCGCUAUUAAACAAUGCUUCCUCUCAUCACCGGUUUUAGCAGGUUGGCCAUGAUGUGCCUCUGUGGUUUUUUUCAUGUUGGGUCUGCAGCCCCAUCACGUUCUCAGCCUGGGAUUUUGGACACAGCUCACUGGUGUGGCUCUUGCCUAGCCAGUGUGGAGGUGCCCUGGGUUUGGUCUCUGUCACUGAAAUCAAACCAAACCAAUCAACCCUAAUAAUCUGGCUAUCAUUUCUUGAACUUUCUGUUCCCCACCUUUUAGGGGACUCCAAUUUCACAAAUACUGGACUUUAGGUUUUUUUUUUUUUUUUUUUUGAGACAGGAUCUUGCUAUAUAAUUCAGGCUGACCUCAAACUCAUCAUAUAGCGUAGGUUGGCCUCGAACUCGUAGCAAUUCUCAUCUCAGCCUCCCUUGUGCUGGGAUUACACCUGUGUGCCACCAUACCCAGCUAGCUAUCCAUCUUUAAAUAUUAAUAAACAUGCCAUUGAACUCA